GCUCAUCUGACAACGCUUCCAAACGAGAUCCUUCACAACAUUCUUCAAUGGCUGGCGCCGAGAGACCUCGGGUCACUACCCCGCGUCUGUAAGGCACUUCACAGCUUCGUGAAAGGGAACCAGAAGUUGUGUGAGGAUAUUUAUAUGCACCAUUUUGAUGCGCCUCCGGAUGAUGAAAGACUUGACUGGGAGACGGAGCUGCAUGACGUCGUCAGGUUGGAGAUUAUAUGUCACCGUGACAAGGUUGAAGAUAAGGUGACUAUUGAUAAUGAGCUGAGGUUUGUAUACAAGGUCGUGAACAGGCUACUGAAGCAUGCCUCCUCCGCAGGCCAUGCCUUGGAGACAUCCGACACCCAGUAUGCGUCCCGGAAUGCAGACUUUCUCAAGGCUGUAUUUGAGGAUGAGACCACCCGUGAAGCCUUUCUUCAGAAGUCAUCUCUAUUUGAGAGGGUCUAUAGAUCUCAGCACCACCAGUUACCGUCUGUGCGCAUGGAUAACGAGCAAAGGCAACAGAGCGCCAAGCUACACUGCUUAUACGGCAAGCCAAUUCUCAAGACUGGAAGAUUGCGGUCAGCAAGGACGUACCCUUAUGCCUGCUCCAAAGUCUACGAUAUUCGGCAGUACACCACCAGGAGUCGAUGGGGACCCUUCACGUCAAACGGGGACGACAAAGUGGAUUGGGAAAAGGUGGAGGCGAUUCUUAUUGUACUGGGAAGCAAUAUUUACACCAAGAAGCUCACGCGGCUCUUUAGCGAUGUUUGGGACAGCCCUUUCUCUGGGUCGUGGAAGGGCAGUUUCAUAUCCGCCCCCAAUCCCGAUAUAUCAUCCCUGGAUGCCAUGGAUCCAUAUGGUGUGACCGGCACUUGGUAUAGGAUUGUAUGCUUCCUUGACUACAACGACUUCUUUAGCUACAACUUCACCAACCCCGAACGAGACCAAUCCCCUCUUCACACACUCGAUGUUGGGGAAGCGACUCGUUUAAUCAUCAUGAGAAUCCACGUUACCAAAAUCGAACAAGCCGGACCUGACUCGGAGUUCUCCCCAGAUCUGCCAAUCGUGCACUAUGAGGGCGUCUCUCGCCCGCUUGACGAUUCAUGGGAUGAUAAUGCGUCCUCCGAUCUCCGAGGCACCGUUGGCUUGACCAAGGAGGGCGAGGUGCGGUGGACGUCUGUAUCCAUCUUCCAGGGACAUGAGAGAUGGAAGAGCGAAGGCGUUCAAAUAGGCGGCGUUCGCUCUGGAAAAGGAGUACUGGGAAACUGGUUCGAUAGGGACUACGACCCUCACGGCCCCUGUGGGCCAUCGGCUUUCUGGAAGGCCAGUGACUCAGAGACGGCACACGGUACGCACGCCGUUCUUCCCAGAAAUUUCCUUCUGUGGAGUGCACUGAUCCAGAUGGAAGACUCUGAUGACCCUGAGGGUGAUAUGGAGUACACUGUG